UGUGCGAAAGACUAUAUAUCGUGCCAGAUUCCCUUAUGGCUAUUUAUUUUGAGGUCCUUUUUAGAUUCAUUCGUCUUGUUCCCUGCUAACCGUCUCCAAUCGUUUGCCUCAUUACCUGUCUGUGUGAAUCUCUGUAUCUCCGGUAUCCGCGCAUGAGUUGACAACCAUCGCACCAGCCCGAUUAGGUCUACCAAUGUUGGAUGUGUUGAAUCUCCUACAUUCACAACUUGUCCAAAAGGCCAUGUGUCUCUUUCUUUUCGUAUCAUUCCAGAGUUGAACUCUAUAUCAUACUGUUUCAAUAUUUCUAGAACUGACCGAUCCUAACUCCAGAAUGGCAAAUAACGCCAACUUGGCCUUGCUUAUUGACGGCGAAAACAUAUCGCCCAGAAUUCUCACCGGUCUCAUGGCUGCGGUCGUAGUCAAUGGAGACGCGGUUGUAAGACGUAUGUACGCAGAUUGGACGGAUCCUUCCUUCAGUAGCUAUAAAGCACACCUCCGCGCUCACUCCAUUACCCCAGUCCAACAACACACCUAUAAGACCACCAAUAAAGCCACCCAAGGUGUCAUGGUCACUGAAACAAUGAUUCUCCUGCGCCUCGGCCGCUUCGCAAGCUUCUGCAUCGUCUCAGGCAACACUGACUACACUCUUCUCGCAGCCCACAUCCGAAAACAGGGGGUCGCAGUGCAUGGCUUCGGAGCACGCAAGACAAGUUGCGCUUUCAUAGCAGCGUGCACAAAUUUCACGUAUUUCGAUGCGCUUGACGUGGACAUGGAUAAGUCGCCGGAGCAGCAGCAGCAAGUACUUCCCCCUUCGACGGUCCGUCCCAGCUUCACACUGGCGUCGCAACAGACUCCUACGCAGGGUCCCGUCAGUGAUGCAUCCAAGACAGCUUUGACUCCAGUAUUAGUCAAAUCGCUCAGGCUUAUCGUCGUGCAGAUCGUCCCGGAUUGGAACGAGCCCUAUACCAGUGUGGCAGAUGUGGCCAAGUAUCUCUCGACCAUUGCCCCUAAUUUUGACGUGCGAACAUAUGGAUUCGAGCAUUUAGGCGAGCUGCUGGAGACAUCGGGAUUGGUGGAUGUGAAGAAGAUGUCCGUGGUUGGACAGGCUUCGGUCGCCCUUGUCCGGCUGAAAAAGAGAGUUUGAGUUGCAAGCGGAAUCACCCAGUGUGCACUUCUCCUCUAGAAUAGAGCAAGGGGGCGAGAAGAAAAGAGUUAUUCAAGGUUGUAAAGUGAGUGGAGUGGAGUUUCGUAUACUACCUACAAAUGGAUAAUUGGCGGUAUGGCGUUUAUCAUCGGACAAGGGGUACACUGACUACUCUCUGGAAGCGGUUUUCAUGCGUUUCAUAUCUAUCAAUCAUUCAUUUGUAGCAGAGAAAUCAAUUCAUGUAAUGUUUCAAUUUAUUGAUCGUGACUAUUAUACAUUCCCGUACUCCUCCUAAUG